AUGGGCUGGAUUGGCAGUGCAAUCAUCGUCCUUGUAGGGAGCCUUCUCUACUUAACAAACCGGUUCCCUAAUCUACGCAUAUCUCGGUUCUCCUACAAAUGGGACACAAAGACAGCAGCUAUGGCAGUGGCAGAAACAAGCCCCCAAUCCACACGUCUUCAACCCCCUCCAACCCGGCCCAUGCGAAUCAUCGUCGCAAUGACAGGAGCAACGGGGGCAAUCCUAGGCAUCCGCCUCCUCGAACGCCUACGAGAAAUGAACGUCGAAACGCACCUAGUCAUCAGCCGCUGGGCGGUCGAGACAAUCAAGUACGAAACCAAGUAUACAGCGAACGACGUGCGCGCCCUCGCUACCCGAACCUACCCGGUGAAUGACGCCGCCGCAGCCAUAUCGAGUGGCUCGUUUCAGGCCGAUGGGAUGAUCAUCGUGCCGUGCAGUAUGAGGACGCUGAGCGCAGUACGGACGGGAUUCGCCGAUGACUUGAUCUGCAGAGCGGCCGAUGUAACGUUGAAGGAGAGGAGAAAGCUUGUAUUGGUCGUGAGAGAGACGCCGCUCAGUGCCAUUCAUUUGGAAAAUAUGUUGGAUCUAACCCGUUAUGGAGCGGUGAUCUUUCCGCCCAUGCCUGCGUUUUAUACGAUGCCGGAGAGUGUGGAUGAUAUCGUUACGCAGAGUGUGGGCAGGAUGUUGGAUAUGUUUGGCUUGGAUGCUGGGAAUUUCGAAAGGUGGGAUGGGUUCUGA